AAAACUGGAAAAAAAGUGACGUGAGUGACGUGACAUUUUGUUUGCGUUGCCGCUUUCGAUUUUCAUUUUAUUUUAUUUCAAAAAUCCUCUGAAAAUACUCUUUCAAUCAGCAAUUUAUCAUCAGCUAGCUAAAAUAAUUCAAAGUGACCAACAUGAAACCUAGCGGUGGUGGCGGCGGUGAUGAAUAUGAGGAACCAGAGCACUUGAGGAAACUAUUUAUUGGCGGCCUAGACUACAGAACGAACGAUGCAUCCCUAAAGUCAUUCUAUGAGCAAUGGGGUGAAAUCGUGGAUGUGGUGGUUAUGAAGGACCCACAGACCAAAAGAUCUAGAGGGUUUGGAUUCAUUACAUACUCUAGAGCGCACAUGGUGGACGAUGCUCAAAACAACAGGCCGCAUAAAAUUGAUGGAAGAGUGGUGGAGCCAAAAAGGGCAGUUCCAAGGGAGGAAAUCAACAGGCCUGACGCCAGUGCAACGGUGAAGAAACUCUUUGUUGGUGGGCUCAAACAAGAAGUGGAAGAAGAGGACCUGAAAGAGUACUUCAGCUCGUACGGAAAUAUUGUCUCUGUGAGCCUCGUCACGGAGAAAGACACUGGCAAGAAGAGGGGCUUUGGAUUUGUGGAGUUUGACGACUAUGAUCCUGUUGAUAGAAUAUGUUUGCAACAGAACCACAAAGUAAAAGGCAACCGUCUGGACGUGAAGAAGGCUCUCUCUAAGUCGGAGAUGUCUGGUCCCGGAGGCGGCGGCGGCGGCGGCAGGCGCGGAGGCCGCGGCGGCGGUGGCGGCGGCGGCUGGGGACGACAGAACCAGCAGGAUUGGGGGAACAAUGAUGGCGGUUACAAUACAGGGUACGGGCAAGGCGGAUGGGGCAACCCUAGUCCUUGGGAUACGAGCAACCAGGCCGCUGGCAACUGGGGCAACCAGGGCUACGGAGACCAGAGCGGCUGGGGCCAGCAGCCCAACAGCUUCGGGGGCGGCUACCAGCAGAGCUACAGCGGUGGGCCUAUGCGCGCUAACUAUAACACUCAACGGGCUCAACCAUACAAUUCUGGCGGAGGCAGCGGCGGUUACUCGACUGGCAAUAACGCAGCCAAUACUGGCUAUAACAACAUGGGCAACGCGGCCGGCGGCAGCCAACGUGGCGGCCGGUUCUAAUCCGCCACCGGGACCAUCUUGUCUCAAGUUGCUUAGUUGAAGCUAGGCAGGCAGACGGUAGUUAGUGGUGGGAGGUAGGCCGAGCUAGACUGUGAGGGACAAGUGGACUUAGUGAAGCGGCAAACGUAGCCAUUUUACAAUUUUUUUCACCUACAAUUGAGGUUUGUCACAUAAGGUAUUGUAGGCAUAGAUUCAUAUCUCUUAUGAUUUUUAGUCGUUAGCACACAAAUCACAGUUUUUACAUUUGAAGUCACAAUAAUAUUUUGCACGGACCUGUUAUGACCAUUCAGUAAGUUUAAUUUAUUACUUUUAAAUAAUUGUUUGCAAUAAGUCCUUUGUAAAAGCUGUGGCUUACAGGCAAUAUUUGCGUUCUUAGAUGUAAGAAGAGAUAUAAUUGUUCAUCUUGGAUGAAUAUUAUUGUUUUUAAUUUUCAAAUUUAUUCUAUUGAUAGCUAUAACAUUCCAAAAUCUAUUGAAUGGAGGAAGGAGGUGAUAUCAGGAAAUAACUUUUACUUAUAAAAAUAUAUAUUAAGUAACGUAAACACCAAUAUAGCUAUCUGAAUUAGCAUGUAACUAUCUCGAUGUUAGACAUAGGAACAUACUACUUUUUUUGAUUUAUUAUUCGUUAUUGUGUAUGACACAUAGAUGGUGUGUUUUCGUGGACUACCAUUAAAAAUGGUUAACAAAAAAAUUAACACCUUGAUUAUGAUUGUUUUCACUUGUAAGUUUUAAAAUUGUUGUAUUCUUUAACGUUUAUGUGUUUUACAUAGUUUAGUAUUAUUGUAAGGUGUGGAGAUGAAAUUAUUUUUGUUCAAUAUAUGUGUGCUUUAAAAAUUAAAUAAUUACUAUAAUAUUUUCCAUGGACUCUUCUUAACGUGGACGAGACAUCCCGGUGGAAAAGGCCAUGGUAAGUUGACUGUGUCCAAAAUAAACAUAUAAAACGAAUAA